AAACAAAUGAAUAGGAAACGCAGUGUGAAUGUAGCGUUGAAUUUGUAGGUCUAAGUUAUUGAUUUUACAGUCGUUCAAUUCAGUGAUUACAGAAGUGUAUUCUCAAUUUAUAAUUGACAUUUCAGUGCAUUUCUUUUCCGUUGUUUGACUUGCUUCUCCCAUUCAAAUGUGAUGCAUUCACUUGUCAAUGAAAUCGAGGCUUUCUCAAAGGCUUCGCUCAAGAAACAGAGCACCAGAGUAACAACCAUAACUGGGAAAAGACUGAUUGAAACAUUGAGAGAUGCUCGAGUGCAAAUUGUUGAAGAUGCUCAACAAACGGAUGGAGCUUGCGGUUAUGUCGAGGACACCAGCCUUGAUCUGAAUAUUGGUGUUGUUAAACCCUGGCUAAUGCUCGCAUCCCAAGAUGUGGCCCAUGACUAUGAAAAAUUAAAAGAUUAUAAGAUUUCUCAUAUCUUGAAUGUGGGAUAUGGUGUUGAAAAUGCAUUUCCAUGUGAGUUCAUUUACAAAAGUAUUACCAUACUGGAUAUCCCUGAGACUUGUAUAAUUUCAUUCUUCCCAGAAUGCUUUGAAUUUAUUGACCAAGCAAAGGAACAGAAUGGGGUUGUGCUGGUUCACUGCAAUGCUGGAGUGUCACGUUCUGCAUCUAUAGUAAUAGGUUAUCUCAUGUGGGCAUAUGGACUUAGCUUUAAGAAUGCUUUCUCAACUGUGAAAAACGCAAGGCAAGCUAUCAAUCCAAAUCAUGGUUUUAUGGAACAACUAAGGAAUUACCAGCCAAAGAAAUGAAUAAAGCAAUAUGGUCCUGAAUGAAAAGAACUGAUAGCUUUGCUAGUUUCCAUAAAGUUAUGGUGAGAUUAGAGAUUUGGAACCUUUUUUAAAAUUCAUUAUUGGUAAUAUUUUCAAUGCUAACAUAUGUUGUCAGCAACAAUAUUUGCAUUAAUGGUUGUUUGGAUGCUGAAUAUUUACAACUUAUGAAAAUUGAAUGGACUAAAAGGACACACUAUAUUGUAAACUCAGUGUCCUAACUAUGAGAUAUUAGAAUAUUGUUAUACAUUAAAAGUAAUCUAAACUAUUUUGUGCACAUCGUUGUUUGCCUUUGAAAAUUGUGGAUCACUGUAACUUAAAUAUUGUAUAGUAAGAUAGUAUUUAUAUGGUAUGAAAUACUUUAUGACAACAUAAAUUCUAAUAGAGAAUUAUUGCAAAGCACUUGAUGUCAAAGAAAGAAAAUCAUCUUGAAUUUGUAUAAAAUAAGUUUUAAAGUAGAAAUGGUUAAAAACCUAAAUGCUGUGGAGACGUUCUAAUGCAGGGAUAUCUAUUCAGAUUGCUUCUGCCAUUGAAAUCAGCAUUUGAAAUGAAAUUCUGUCUACAAACCAGAUCUUAUUUAUUUUCGGACUUUUAAAAAAGAAAAUUCUCAAUAUAUUUCCUAUCUACAGUUUUAAUCAGCUUCUGGGGAUCUUCAAAUAUACAAGUGCCUAUAUCACUUGAAAUGGAAAUGAAAAGAUGGAUCUGUUCAAAAAACACUUGAAUUUCAUUUCAUUAUUUAGUGUAGCUUGGAGCAUUGUGAUGAAACUGUAUUACAGUGUUACAAAAUGAUGUCUGUAAAACCAAUAAAGCAGCUACUUGGUUUCUCAUUACA